CCCCUACCACCGGCGCCACUCAUGCGCCGCGCGACCUGCCGACCACACGUGCAAACCCCACCACCGAGGACAAACACCCUCGGGGAACCAACAUUGCACCGACAAUCGCCCUAGCAGACAGUACCCAAAUAUGUGCCAGUGAUCGGACACCAGUGAUUUAAAAAAAACUAAGAGUGAAGUGACUUUCUUAUCAGCGACGUGUGAUGUGCUACUACUGAAGGUGGCGACGGGAUUAUUGAAAGCCGCAGCCUCAACCGUUUAAUUGAAAAUAUGGUGAGAGGGGCGGCGCUAGCGCUGCUGGCGCUGACGGCGUGCUACGCGCGAGCCAGCGUGCUCGUGCCCACCUACGUGCUGCCGCCCGAUUCGUUCGUGCGCGAUCAACGCAGUCUCGGACCACCGCCGGACACCGAAACCGCUGAGUCCACGAGAACGAUAAAACGACUCAUCGGCGGACACAUGAAAAUAAAAUCUGACAAAGAGUACAGCUCAGUAAAAAACUCGAUCGAUUUCGAAGAGAAGCCGUCGAGCGGAAAAUUUAACGGCGUGAUUGCACCGGACCAGUCGGGCGGCACCGUAGGAUGGAACCAAGGCAUCUGGGACGACGGUAUGCUUAUGUCGAGCGCAGGGGAAGGGAAAGAGACGGUUAAAACCAAAGAGGACGAUGAGGAUAAAAAAACGCUCUCUGACCAAGUGGCGGAAGGAAAAUAUGGUCUAAUACAAAACGAGAUAUUUUCGAAAACACCCAAACGCCCUGGAAUCGUUAGCUACGAGCCAAAUUCAGAGACGAGACAGAAAGACAACUUGCAAACACUCGGAGGCUUGAAGAAAGAUGAAAUAUGGCUCGCAGAGGACCAUUUGCUAGUUCUGAAAGGUGGUUCGUUCCCGGAGCGUACAAAAGAGAGCGAACAUAAACCAUGGCCACCGAUCGACGCCUACGAGGCACCUAGAAGGCAAGUAAAAUUACCGCAAAAACCUAAAGUGCCUCCGCCCUUUCCAGUACGUCUCACCGACGACGGACCGCUCAUCUUCCUCACGCCAAACGGUAGUGUCCCUGCGGCCCUUUUCCCUCCCUUCCCAGCGGGAGAAGGCGAAGGCCCUCUAUAUCCUCCGCCAUUCGCCUUCGCGCCGGGAGCGCCCUACGCCCCGGGUGACUAUCCGGGAAACUCUACUGCCGGGGGAUCGCCGCUGCCAAUUCCUCCGUUCCCAUUCCUACCCGGGAAUGCGAGCGAAGGACCAUUUACUUUCCCUGCAUCCAUGAACGGCUCUUUUCCAGAAGGAUUUCCUCCGGGCGCAGCAUUUCUACCACCACCAAGCAACCAGACCGACCUGUACGACGAAGACGACCCUUCGAUCUACUAUCCGCCGCCUUACAAUUUUUCCUACCGCGCGGACUACAAUAACAGCGUGCCAGCGGGACCUCUGGUACCAGGAAUAAUAUUGCCUCCACCGCCGGAUUUCUUUGCGCCAGUUGAGGAAAAAGCAGAAAGUAGCAGAACUACAACGAGGCCUACGACGGUUCCGACGUACACGAGGUAUAAAACGACUGUUACGACAUCGACAACGCCCGUGUACCGAAAUAAAUAUAAAACAAGACCAACAACGACGACAACAGAGCCUACGAGAACAACAGAAACUCCAACAACGAUUACUACACCUCCGCCUGUUGAGAUUGUCACAUAUGAACCACCGAAGAUUAGAAAACCACAGAGAAUCCCCUCGAGGACACCGAUACGCGUGCAGAAUUUGCCAGAUGAGAUCACAGCAAGGCCGAAAACAGAAAAACCAAUCUACAAAACAAGAACAAAAGUCACAUCGAAACCGUUAUCAGUUUCUGUCAUUUACGAUUAUCCAGAAGAGCAUAAUACCAAAGUGCCGACCACGACAGAAUACCCUUAUAUUGUAUACAACUUACCAGAAAAAUCACCGAACGUGUUGAUCAAUGAACCGGUAACUUCGACUCCGGUGCCAUUGAGAGCCUACUAUUCUAAUAACCAAAACAAUAUACCAACUACGAAACUACAACCGGUGUUUAACAGGAAACCAAACGAAAACGCAGUGGCCUCUUUCUACUUUUAUGAUGAACAACCCAAAACUUCACCAUCGCCGGCCACUUACUUCGACGGACGAAACUAUUACAAAACUGUGCCAUCUAAUUCACCGCAGUACCAGCAGCAAAACGUACAACAGCAGUCAGGAUUCGCGCCAUCAGUAGACGUUGCUUAUGGAGCAAUCGACCAAGCUGACGCGCUAUUCCUGUGGCCACAGAAGCAAGGACCCCGAACGCUAACUCAGGAAUACUUCAGUAUACAGAAACCAAGGCUACAACAAACGUACGUCCAACAAAACAAACAACGUCCGGAAACAUUCUACCAACAGAUAGCGGAUAUUCAACAGACGAUUGAUCUCUUUACGACGAAAAGGCCAAAAUCAUAUUCUCAUAGACCGCACUUACACAAACCGAAAGCGAUCACUUCGCGACCUGUUUAUCAAUUCAGCUAUCAAUCACAAUCGAGACCAGAGCAACUGACAUUCCGAGCUCCAAAACUGGAUCCUGAACCCUUCCGUCCCAUGGUGAGCUACAGCAAACCUUUUAAUCUACAGAAUGAAUUCAAUGCAAUUACACCAUCUGUAUCACCGGGUUAUCAUCAACAAUAUUUAAUUGAAAACGUCCAGGUGACUACUGAAACACCAAACCCGACCAGAUUUUAUCCUAAGACAAAAAUCAGAAACGAAGACUACGCCGAUGCACAUGUCAGCAAAGAUGUACGACCAAAAGGAAACAGAAACCACAUACCGAUUCAAAACGACAAACCUGCCGCGCACCACGUGACCAGAUACCCUAGCACCACAGCCAACCCUAUAAGUCACGGUUACUACACCAAACAAGACGAACGGUACCUCGAUGAUAUCACGAAGAAUUCAUUCGACGUGUUCGGAAAGAAAUUAGAAGACAACACUUACGACGUGAACAGUUUGGCCGUUACGGAACCCCUAGAGACUGUCAAGACACCGAUCGACAACGACCCCAACCAGAGAUUCGCUUACGACAUCAUCGAACAGCAAGGCAACCCGCCUUCCCUAGACAGAGACACCCUGGUCAACGACCGGCUGCCGAGACCCACUGUGAACCCCGACAGCGAACCAAUAGCACCUCACAAAGCAGAACUGGUAGAACAAAAUCCACCGUCGCUACUGCACGAUACCCUGGUGAACGACAGGUUCCCGAGGCCGCCUCUCAACCCCGACAGCGAGUUCGUUCCCAUUGCGAAUCCUCAGCAGUACAGGGUGCAGUCGCAAGAGCAAAGGACGCAGUACACCGGCGAGCAAUAUGACCUGAACAGGCCUUCGCUGGCGGGUGACACGGCCGUGAACUACGCGAGACCUCUGCCGCCCGUGAAUCCUGAUGCGGAAUGGAUAGCGCCCGUGAACGCGGCGGGCGAGGGCAGGCCGGGAUCGUAUGUGUCAUACAGACUGCCGGGAGAGGGCGCGCACGUAUACUUCCUGACCCCACAAGCGGCUCAAGCGGCUCAAGCAGCUCGCGAAAGAUACCGCGCGCCCGGCUACGGCCGGUGAAACCAAAGCUCUAGUCUCUACUGUGAACGCCGCGCUGCUAACGCGACGUUAACGUGUAAAUAUAAAGCGCAAAUGUGAUGUUUUAAGUGUCCUAAGUAGUGUAAGAUAAUACGAAAGACUAGCGGCACGACCGCAUUGCCAUAAUAUUAAAAGUGAAAAAACGCAAAGUUUUUUUGUUUUGUCUAGUUGUAAGCGAAAUUGUUGACAUACAAAAACGGACGCUACGAUGUCGAUAAAUUAUUAUUUAUUAAUUAUUUUUAAGAGAAAGUGGUGCAUGCAUUAUGAUUAGUUGAUUAAUUUAUUUGUCAGUAUUCUCAUUGAACUCUAGGGAAUGAUGUGAUAUGAUUGCGCGAGUGUCAAUGACUGCGAGUGUAUUGUUAUUGUAAUGGCGUCGAGUAAAAGUCGCCGUAGUUGUUAUUUAUACAGACUAAUUGAUGUGAUUUUGUAUUUUAUCAAAC